GGCGAUGGGGAAGGCGGCCGGGAGCUUCGGCGAUGAUCUGGGGGACGAUUUCCUCACGUCUUGGAAGCCUGGGAAGCUCACCGCGGCGCCGGGGCUGGAUCUUGACGACUCGCCGCCUCGGCCCAUGGCCAAGACCGGGAAGACGUUUGAUCUCUCCAAAUUCGAUAUGGAUUUGGACCUUGAUGGAGGUUUUAACAAGCUAGCCUCGUUUAAUAUCGAUCUCGAUCUCCCUGGCAUUGACGCUACGAUGGAGAAGAACGCUGACACUGGAUCCAAAACUAAAGAAUCGAUGGAGAAAGGACCCGUUGUUUCUCCAGUAUCUCGUCUCCCUGCUAGAGGCAAGCUACGUGCUGAUCUGUCCGGCCUAGGUUCUAGGUAUGACAAGAACGCUGACACUAGAUCCAAAACUAAAGAAUCUUCUCCAGUAUCUCGUACCCCUGCUCGAGACAAGCUGCGUGUUGAUCUCUCCGGCCUGGAUUCUAGGAAUGACAAGAACGCUGACACCGGAUCCAAAACUAAAGAUUCUUCUCCAGUAUCUCGAACCGCUGCUGGAGACAAGCUACGUGUUGACCUCUCCGGCCCGGAUUCUAGGAAUGACAAUAACACUGACGCUGGAUCCACAAGUAAAGAUGUUCCAGCAGAUAAGCUGGACUCCUUUGAGGUAGACCACUCUGAUGCUGCAAAGGAGAAGAGCAACGGAUCCAAAGGCAAAGAUGUGGUACGAUCGGUGGACGAGUAUUCUUCAUCACCUCCUCCUGCUCGAGAGAACAAUCCUGCCAUCUAUGCCAUCAAUGUGCAAGAGAUGGAGUGGCGACCGGAGCCUGCUCCCCCGCUGGCCAUCGAUGCGCAAGAGAUGGGGUGGCGACCGGAGGCUCCCCCCCCGCUGGCCAUCGAUGCGCAAGAGAUGGAGUGGCGACCGGAGCCUGCUCCUCCACUGCUGGAGAAGCCUGAAAACGAGGUGGUCGACAAAGUGGACUGCUACACGGAAGUUCUGGAGGAGAUGUGUAAGAUGCUCAAGCAGAAGAAGGAGGAAGCCACAGAUCUUCUGGUGAGGGCGAUCGUUGCAAACAACAAGCUGCUGUUGCUCAACAGUCCCCUGCACGACGAGAAAAUCCAGCUUCUCAGGCGCUCUGUGAAUGAAUUACUGGGAGAACCUUCUAAAGUCUGAGGUGCUUGGUUUGUUUACUGUCCAACGUCAAACGUAAACGUUUGAUCGUGCUACUUAGUUUAAUAAGUUUCGAGAGUUAAGGUUAAGAAGAUUAUAUAUUUUGGUAUGGUAUUGGCAGGACGUGCUAUCAAAAAUAUCAAGCCUGGA